AUGAUCAAAAUCUAUUUAGGAGAUAAAGCACAGAAACAUUCUGUAGUUAGUAGUAGUGAUGGAUACGUAUUAGCAUUACAACAAGAUACGGUGCUACGUUGUACAACACCAGGCUGUACGGGUAAAGGUCAUGUGAAUAGUAAUCGAACAUCACAUCGAAGUUUGUCUGGAUGUCCAAUCGCUUAUCAACAAAAAUUAGCUCGAAAGAGUGAAUGA